AAGAAAGCCCACGAUCCUUUUGGCCUCCACGAUUUCGGAGUGGGCGGGGUUCGACAGCGCUCUUCGCGGGUAAAAUUUGCAGGCGCAGUCGCGUCCGUGGGAAAUCAAGGUCGACGUACGUGUGUAUGUGUACACGAUACAAGAGCAGAGCUCCGCAAACGCGCGUCUUAUUGUCAGGCAGCCUCAGUCCGCAGUUCCGCACGACAGUCUGUCGACGUGCGCUGGGAACGGUGGAAUGUUCCUGUUUGCACGGACUAUUUCUGGAUACAGUAUCUGAAAAUGCUGUCGACCAAGUUUGCUCAGUUGCGCGUAACAGCGCGAUGCUUCAGUCGUAGCAAUAUUAUACGAGACAUUAAUAAAGACAAUAUUCCUGCACAGAAAAGCAGUGAAACCACAACAGGAACUGAGGGUGUCUUAGGAUCACGCAUGUAUCGUGUAACCGACUUUGACAAGAAAAUACUAGUUUGGGUGAAACGCUAUCCAAGCGUUGCAGAUGUUCCUAAGGAUGUUACAACGGAGUGUAUACUUACUGCAAGAAGUAAAGCUCGAAUCAAGACCUGUAAUUAUAUGAUCGCUGCUACCAUACUCGGUUGCAUAAUCUUUAUAACACUUGGAAAGAGGGGUGCUGCAAAAGGAGAAACUUUGCACAAACAAAGAGACGAUUGGCUCAAGGAACAGUUGGAACAAGAUAGAAAACUAAAAAAUAUUAAAUAGAUGUGUAAAUAUUCAGAGAUAGAAAUAUUUUAGAAAAUUUUCCGAGAAGCCCAGCCGGAUAUUAUCGAUUGUCGUUAUUUGAAAAUAUUUCUACUCGAUAUUCUUCAUGAAACAAUAAACAUUUAGUUUCGAUCGCUUUAAUGAUUUGUACUUGUAACAUACAAGGCUAUUCUUUAAAGUGGCAAUAUUUCGUAAUAACAAGGCAACAAAGUACAUUGUUUGUAUAUACAGGUAUUUACUGUAAAAUUAUGUAUUUUAUUUACACUUAGAGCAUCGAUUUGUAUAUAUAUAUACUAUACGUAUAUAUACGUAAUGAAUGUCUGAUUCUCAUUAGAUUUAGCAAGCAUUUUAAUUAAUGCCUGUACAAUAUAAAAUAUCUAAAUGUA